AUGGAAGGAGCAAAUCAGUCCGUGGUGUCUGCCUUCAUUUUUCAUGGACUUUGUAACUCCAGGGAGCUCCAGACCCUGCUCUUGCUGCCGUUUUCUGUACUUUACCUGAUGACACUUGUGGGUAACAUCCUUGUCGUGCUCUUGAUCAUCAUGGACCACCAUCUCCACUCCCCUAUGUACUUCCUCUUAGCUCAUCUCUCAUUUAUCGACCUCUGCCUGUCCUCAGUUACCACCCCUAAACUGAUCACAGACUUCCUCGAAGAUAAUAAGACCAUCUCCUUUGCCGGCUGCAUGAGCCAGAUUCUCUGUGUGCAUUUCUUUGGAGGGGGUGAAAUGGUUCUUCUGGUGACAAUGGCCUAUGACCGCUAUGUGGCCAUCUGCAAGCCGCUUCAUUACUCCAGCAUCAUGGACAAACAAAAGUGCAUCUGGUUGGUUUUGAUAUCGUGGAUUAUUGGCUUUGUUCAUGCCAUGAGUCAACUGCUUAUGAUCUUGGAUCUGCCCUUCUGUGGGCCCAGAGAAGUAGACAGCUUUUUCUGUGAUAUUCCUUUGGUGAUUGAACUAGCCUGUAUGAACACGGAUACCUUGAGAAUGAUUAUAAAUGCAGAUAGUGGGGUUUUGGCAACAACUUGUUUCAUUCUCCUGAUAAUCUCCUAUACUUACAUCUUAUUAACCGUCCCUCUCAAUUCUAAAGAUGGCUCAUCAAAGGCUCUCUCUACCUGUUCUUCCCACAUCACAGUGGUGGUGCUCUUCUUUGGACCCUGUAUCUUCAUCUACCUGUGGCCAGUCAGCAUCACUUGGGUGAACAAGUUUUUGGCUGUUUUUUAUACUGUAAUCACACCUCUCAUGAAUCCAGCCAUUUAUACGCUGAGAAAUAAGGAGAUUAAAAGUGCCAUAAAGAGACUGAUAAAUCAGCACGUGAGCUCAAGGGACAAUUGUUAG